UUGUGAUGUUGAGAAGAUGGAGAACGAAGUUAGCACCUUCACUUUAGCUUCUUUCUCGUCGUCUGAUCAGGAGAAAACAGUAGAUCUACAGGCGGAGCACAACGGCGGAGGCUUCAUCUGUGUCCCCGUGUCGUUUGUGAACCACAUCGCUGCCGGGGCGGAUGGUACCGCUGAGUUACAGGCAACAAGUCAGUCCCAGCUGCUGAACCAGACGUCCAUCGUCAGUACCCAGCCCACCACCCUCCUCAGCAUCCAGGUGGAGAACAUCCACCAGCAGCUGACCAGCGGGUCAUCUGAGGACAGCGGCGUGUCCAGUACCUCCGCACAGCUGCUCGAUGGACAGCAGGACCAGAUCAACCAGCCAACAAAUGAGGAACCAAAGAAGAGGAAAGGUGGAUGGCCCAAAGGGAAGAAGAGGAAAAAGGAAACAAGAGACAGCAAUGCACCAAAGGCACCUGUAACUGGGUAUGUACUGUACUUGACUGAGCAGAGAGAGAAGUUGAAGGUGGAACAUCCUGAGCUUCCCUUCACAGAGAUGACCAGACUUCUGGGCAGCAGGUGGUCAGCACUUUCUCAGGAAGACAAGCAGAAAUACCUGGAUGCAGCAGAGGAGGAUAAGCGGAGAUACAUCGAGGAACUGAAGGCUUACCAGCAGUCAGAGGCCUACCAGUCAUGGCUCAAACGUCAAGCAGCCAAGAAGUUAAAAUGUUUAGUAGAUGUAGAAACUAUAGAUGGAGAGGUGGACUCUAUUGUGUUAGACUUAGAGGACGACCCCAGUGACCUGUACUGUAAAACAUGUAACCAGUACUUCAGCUCUCUGCACAACAAGAAGGAACACAUGUACGGCAAACAGCACCUGCAGAUGCUUACAGGUGAGUUUGAGCGGGAGGCAGAGCUGACUAAGCAGGAGGAGGACCGGCUCCUGUCAGCGACAGUGGAGGAGCCGGAGUGUCUGGACAGGACUGCCUUCCUGGAGCGCUACAAGGGACCCAACAGUGCCGAGAACCUCAAAAUGGACAUCAUAGAGGCCAACACAUUAAGAGAAAUGGAGAUUGGAGAGUUGAGAAGAUCCCUGGAGAUUUCCCGUGAGAGGCACUUACAACUACAGAAGCAGGCACAAGUUUAUAAGCUAAGACUCCAGAAAGUGGAGUCAGAGGUGGAAAACAUGAAGGCAUAUGGAGCGUCAUUAGCCACACAGCUUGACGGACUACGGAUGGUGCCAACUCUGUUUGGAGUCAUUAACUUUUAACCACUACAAAGUGUGAACCCAAUAUUGUACAGUUUGUUGUAGAAAUGUCCAUUACUUUGUAUAUAUACACAUGUAUCAACAAUAGCUCCUGUGGCCCAAUAGGUCUAUCAGGAGAUACUUGAUUUUUCUUACUUACAUAUCAAUUCAGAUACUCAUUUACAUACAUUGCACCAGUUACACUUGUCAGAAUCAUUCUGAGUAACUGAUGAAUGGUAGUGGAUGAUAUCAGAAAUGUCUGACUCUUUAGAGCAUUCAUGAAGUUUCAUAGCAAGUAAUGUUCUAGUACCUGGAUUCCUAACCUUCAUCAAUGUGUCCAUUGCAUAGCUAUUGUUAGAGCAGAACUUCAGUCUGCAGUGGAGAACUCCAACCCAUGCAGGGGUCCCAGAGGGGGAGGGGGUGGUGUGAAAAUGGGGAAAAAUUACAUCACCAGGGCUCCGAAGAUUUCAUCUAAAAACUGCCAACAAGACAUGAUGACAUGCUAUAAACCUUUAAACUAUUUGCAUAUUAGAUUAUCCACCUCUAAAGCUGGUAAGAGUUUUGCUGUACAAGACUGACCACAUGGGGAUCAUGUGAUAAGAAAGUACAGCAUUACAUGAGUGAAUAUCGCACAGUUCUGUGCCAUAUUUUACUUAAACCUCACACUUCUACAUACUUUAUUCCUGCAAAGAAAUAUUUGUACAGUGAAAACUUAAGUGUAAUCAAUUACAUUGCAGCUAUUUGCUGUUUAUGAUUGCCAAACAUAUGUGUACAUGUAUGAUUAGCAGUAGUCCAUUUAUACACAGUAUUUUUGUGGGCCAGGAAGCCCAUAUGUACUUAAGGUGGCCCGAAAGUAAUUCUGAAAUCAGCAAUUAUAAUAGUCUGUGUACUCAAGACAUGGUCAAGACAGUAUCUGUCAAAGUGACAGAUAUUAAUAUGAUUAUUCAUACCAAGUAUGAGCAUCAGAAAUUCUAUCAGCAUAGAAAUAAUAGUAUGAAAUUGCAAGUAGUUUUACUUUGUAUGAUUGUGUAUAAAAGUGUCUUGUACAGUACAUAUGAAUAUUUAUUUUUACAUCAACUUCCUGGGUUGCAUGACUUGUGUAUAUGUCAAAUGUAAGUAUAAGUUAUAUAGCUUAUUGAUCUAUGAACUAACAGAAUGUACAAGUAUUUGUAAAAAAAAAGCAAACUUUGUUUUCAGUUUACCUUUGAACUUUUCUGUACUAAGUGGUGGUGUCAUUUAAGGUAACAAAAUCUCUUAAAGAUGAAAACUGUAUAUGGUUCGGGGUCUUUAAGGACUCUCUGUUAGUUACAUCAAGCAGUUGUUAGAAGGAAAAUAAAACAGU